AUGUACACCCACGCUUACCCGCACACAAUAUUCAUCGGUGACAUACAAACAUCCAACACGUCAUUCACGAGAUUCAAUACUCCAGUGAAAAUAUUUGCUCACACUCACUGUGUAGGGAUCGGUAGAAAGAAACUGAUAAUUUUGACGGGAACUAUAGCAGCGUUUAUGGGACUUGCUAAGAGUAUAGCGGAGGUUUACUGGCUGUACAUCGUUUUGGAGCUGGUCGAGGCUUUGUUUGGAGAUACUUACUCAUGUACAUUUAUGUUGGGUGUAGAAAUGGUAACAAAAGAGAAUCGAGUUUCAUUCAUCACGCUAAUGACAGCAAGCACGUCGAUAGCAGGAAUAUUGAUGGCUCUCAUAGCCUGGGCAGUUCCCUACUGGAGAUAUUUCCUCAGAGUAAUUUAUGCACCGUCCUUGCUAUUUUUAUUAUUCGCUUUUCUGCUGGAUGAGAGUCUCAGAUGGUUAUUAAUCAAAGGACGCAAGGAAGAAGCUAAGGAUGUGAUAAUCAGAGCAGCUAAAGUAUCCAAUAUUGACUUAAGUGAUGUCGACUUAGAUAACAUAGUAUGUGAGAAGGAGGUUGAAGCAACAAAUUGGAUGGACCUUCUUAAAGUGACGGUUGGGUCGAGGAAAUUGGUGUUUCGGUUUACAGCGUGUGUCUGCAUGUGGGUCACUGGCCUGUUCAACAAGUACACUUUACUAAUAAACUCAGUAGAACUAGAAGGGAAUAAGUACAUCAACUACGCUUUGACCUCGUUCUCUGAACUUCCAGCUAGUUUCGCCAUAGUAUUCCUGCUGAACAGAUAUAAGAGAAGAAUACCUUUGAUGUUUACAUUUCUGUUGACUGGAGUUUUUUGUAUUGGACAGUCUUUUGUGCCGAAAGGUAACAUAAUACUAUCAAUAUCUCUGUUCCUGGUAGGACGAUUCAUGGCAACCAUAUCUCUUGCUAUCGUCUACUUAUACACGUCAGAAUUAUUCCCCACACACACGAGAAACACAAUGCAUGCGUUGUGCUCAUCAUUAGGAAGAACUGCUACUCUGGUGGCGUCACAGACUCCACUUAUGAUGCGACAUUUCUACGGACUCCCUUCUAUCCUGGUCGGUGGUCUUUCGCUGAUGACUGGAAUCAUCGUCAUCACACUACCUGACACAGCUGAUGAUGUACUCCCUGACACCGUCCGCCAAGCAGAAGCCGCUGGUGCUGCAGAAUAA